AGAUAAACCGACAAACUGUGGAAAGAAGUUUGUUUUUGGAUUUACUUCCCAAUAUUACUCGCGUACCUAUGGUUACGUUGGAAUAGCAAUCGCAGCUCACUUCGAUACAAAUGUCACAAUUUUCACACAAUCAACUUCGAGUGAUCCGUUGAACGUCGCCAUCCGUAUGAAAAAAGGAGAUUUUUUGGAGUAUGCUCUGCCGCGUUCCCUGCGAAUGCAAGGAAUCCAGAAUAAUGGCAUUCAGGUUUCGUCAACAAUGAAUAUUUCUGUCGCGUGUUUCAAUUAUUAUACAGGUGGUGAUGGAUACCUAGCACUACCAACUGACGUACUAGGUGUAACAUAUGUUGUUGCAUCAUACACACCAUACGAUAGCUAUGCUAGAGCUAAAAUUGGUAUUGUGUCAAUACAUGACGAAACAACUAUUUUAAUUCAACCAAUUAAGAAUGCCGUUAUUGAAAUUGGUGGAACCGCGUAUACUCACGCCGGCCCCAUCCAUGUUUUUUUGGGUACACUGCAGUCCAUACAAGUAACGAGUAAAUCGGAUUUAUCGGGGACAAUGAUAUUCGCUUCUAAACCAGUAUCUGUCGUCUGUGGGGUGGAUUUGGGGAUUCCUGGCGGCACUGGAAGUUAUGACAGAUUAGAAUCAUUUCUUUUACCUGUCACACACUGGGGAAAACAGUACAUCUUAACGACGAUCAGAUCAACGAAUAAAAAACAAGGAGAUAUUUUCCGAAUUUUUGCCUUCGAAAAUAAUACGGUUGUCCACAGUGCAUACUGGACCAAAGUUUUGUUAUCCGGCACUUAUACAGAAUUGAUAUUAGGCGAAAAUCUCACAUCGUUUGUGAACUGCAAUAAACCUUGUCAAGUGGUACAAUACAUAAGGGGGGAAACAAUUGGCUCGAAAAAUGCGGACACUUCGAUGAUUGUCCUUCCUUCGAUUAAACAGUUUAAGUCAUACUAUAGUGUACUUUGUAGUCGUACUUCAGGUUUUUAUAGUUCUGUGACAAUUACGAUUGAGGAAGGUUAUACUAACGGUUUGUUUCUAAAUGAAGUUAAUAUGGGUUAUCUAAAUUGGAUUGCAAUUCCGGGGACAAAAUACGUUUGGACAGUGGUUGGUAUGACUGGAACGAAAAAUGCUACUUUCUACCAUUCUUCAUCUGAUGUUAACUUUGGAUUGCUGGUGUAUGGCUGGAAUGGCGAAAAUUCAUAUGCUUUUCCUGGUGGAUUCACUUUCCAGCACUACAGUACUGGUGAGUAAUUGACACGAAAU